CAGCGACGCGGAAGAGCAACCGAGGUUUCAAUCUGCGGCUGACAAACGGGCUCAUCAUAAUGCACUGGAACGAAAACGUAGGGACCACAUCAAAGACAGCUUCCACAGUUUGCGGGACUCAGUCCCAUCACUCCAAGGAGAAAAGCCAGAUUCUACAGACUGGUCUGCAACAUUGCUUCUCUGUGGACUCAGCCUACACCUUGGGGAGCAAGUUUACUAUGGACUCCUCUCAGCUCCUCCAAGGAAAGCUCUACACUAAUGUUUUCAUUAACACCAUUCAAGAUAAAUCUAUAACUUUCUCCGGUCCUUAUGACAACACUGUCCCUGCAAUUCUGUUAAUUUGUUGUUUGAUUUUGAUAAGUGUCAUAGUUUAAUAAGAAAAAUUCAUCAUGGGGCAGCACUCUGGAUGAUUAUAAUCCCUCUGUUGAUCUUUUUAUAUUAGUUCUCUAGUCACCCUGAAUUCCCAAAAUGUGGGUAUCCUGGAGGGCUGGGUUCAAAUUCUACUCUACUUUCUACUAGUCAUACAACACUGAGGUAGUUAUAACUCUGAGCCUUGGUUUUCUCAUUUUUAAAAUAGAGAAAAUAGCAAGGUCCCAAGUUUGAUCCCUGGUACCAAAAAAGUGUGGGGGGAGGGAAUGAUACCGGAAGGUUGUGUGAGGGUGCCUGGCCCUUAGUAAGUACUCAGUUGGGUCUUAGUUGCUACCGUUAUUGUAUCUUGUUUUCUUUCCCCCAUGGUACUGAGGAUUAACCCCCAAACCUCACGCAUACCACGUAACCACUGAGCAAUAUCCCCAGCCCUUCUUUAUAUUUUUUGAAGUUUUUGAGAUGAGUCUCACUAAAUU